UCUGCUCCGGCUCGGUUGUCGUGCAGCCUUUCAUCGUAGCGGUCGCGUCUUCUGCUUUUUUUUCUCGCUUCUCGUACCGGAAGCUUCGACUGCAGUGGCGUCCUCCGGACUACCUGCACCACCGUCGCCUGGUGCACGUGCACACAACCAUGCUGCUGGUGCUGACCCAGUAAAAAUACGGGAGUCCCAAAUUGAAGAUGCACAGCAAGUAGAUCAACAUGUUGCCAACAGCACAGGAAGAUCAUCGUCAUCUUCGCAAAACAAAAUAUCCGAAACACGACAACAACUUCUGGCGGAGCAAAAAAGUAGGGCUGCGACUUCUAGUGCGGCUUUUUCCGCGCGAGCGUCAUCGGAGGAGCUCGAGGCAAGGCGACGUACUCCUUGUCAACCUGUACAGGAAACAUCAAUUUCGGAGUCAUCUUCUGUUCGAGGAAUGGCGCAGCUUGACGAGGGCACAGAAGCAGCUUCUGCAAUACAAACUUCUGCAAGCACAUGCAUGAACACUGCUGCGGCAAGUACAACAACUGGCAAUACAAAAACAACACCACAACCUGCGGCAGGAGCUCCUCAAGGAGAACAACAGCAACCCUCCACCUCCCAGAGGAGAACCACCACGGCCGCGAGAAGGCAGAUCCCCCGCCCGCCACCGCUGCUGCACAUCAUUUCCAAUGCGCCGCGCAUCGACACGGGGAAUUCUAAUGACGCAGACGACGAAAGCGAUUUUAGCCUGUCGCUCUCUCCGGUAUCAACUACUACGGUCUCGUCCGCAGUAAACCGCGAAGCGGCCGACCAAAGGCGGGGGAUGGCUAGAAGGAGACCGGUUACGCAUUGCAAAUAUCGAUCUGCUGUGUCUGGAAACUUCGAACUUGUACAAGUGCUGCUCUUACUUUUUUCCUGUGAAACUGAAAUCUGUAUUGCAUGACAGACGAAACAAGAAGUAACAGCCUCUUGUGCCAUACAAAAACGAGCUUCUCAUGCGGCUGCGCAUGAGAAAGCGCUGGCGUUCUGGAAAGAAGUUGUCAUGCUUGGCUGCAUUUGGAAGUCUUUAUUCCACCAAUAUCCACACUUUCGCAUCACAAGGUUCCAGAGGACCCAGAUCGAUAUUUGCAUUGGAUACUGGUGUCGAGGCAGCAUUACCACACACAUCCGGGGGUAGCUGCUGUUGUUGGUGGUCCAGCAGCUGCGCGGACGGAAACUUCAUCGACGGUAGAAACGAGUACAACGGCCACGUCGGGCAAUUCAGGCGGCACUGCGCGCCAGCAGGCUAGAUUGAAUACCAGAACGUCCUCCGUCUCUAGCUCUGUCGGGAGGGCCUCAACCACUGCUGUCAUAAUGUCGCCGCUGCGAGGCACUGUUCCCGCGGCCAGCUUAACAGCGAACCAGGCGGAAAAAAUUCUGCAAUUUUUGCCAACCCCAUCUUCGACCGCGACGACAGCAUCUUCUCUUUCAUCGAGGAGGGCAGGCUUGUUUCGAGCAAAUAAAGACGAACGUGAAGGCGAACAAGUGGUUUUUUAUUCCGAAGGACACGAGGACGAGCCACGUGCUGGAAAAAAUGAAACUCCGAGUGGAGGCACGAAGACCGGCACGUCGUACUACAACCACCACGACAGCGUCGACAUUUCAUUCUCGACCGCAUCUUCUUCUUCUACUGCAGCAUGUGCAGGUACUCCUGUUGUGCAACUGCGCGAAGAGGCGAUUUCAACCAGGAAGGAUAGAAGCGCCACGACUCCAGUCGAUUUGUUCUUAAUCACAACCCCCACGAACAACCGCGGCUUUUCGUCGCAACAAAUCUCUCCACCCAGACGGCUAGAACCGCUGGUAGCGCCUCCGCAUGCUGCCCAUUGCAGUACUGGUUUUGCGGGCGAAGAAGUCGCAGAGAACGACCGGACGGCAGCGGCGCUACUGAGUCCGAAAAAUGUACCAGUCGGGACCACGAGGAGGCUUACUUGUGAUGGAAACAAAGCACGACCAGUAGGAACAACGACUGCGUCUUCUAGUGCUGUGACUGUGAGGAAAAGACCCGGCACGAUCUCGCAACUGGGAGUGCCGGGAGAGUUUGUACAACAGUUUUCCUCCUCUUGUACUUCCGACGGACGAAUUACCGCUUUCUGCGGGGUGGAGAAAGAAAGUUAUGGGACUUGUUUUCCCACACCCACUCCAUGUCCAUCCUCAUCUCGCGCAGCUGCUCCAGUGGCGGAGGUCGUUGCUCCUGCGACAAGCGUUGAGGCUGAGCACGAAACAACGACGAACAAGGAAGCGACCGAACUACAGCUCGGAGGAGUGUUGAACAAGGAUGGCGCGGUGGCACCAGUGGGACGACAACGACCAGUAUCAAAUGUACAAAUGUCUGGGUCUGGAAGAAUGCGCGAUUUGUCAUGCUUCUCCGGCAUGACUCUUAAACCUGUCAUGCAGGUUACCCAAGAGCCCCAAUUUCCUGUCAUGCAAAAACGCAGUUUGUCAUGCAGAAUAGGCAACACCUAGAAGCUCAGAAUUUUGUCAUGCUGAGCCAGCACUCAUGGCUUCCUCAUGAUACGCCACCCAGCAUCACAAGUUUCCAGACCCAGACAUUUUUACAUUUGAUAACCAGGGGAGGGCCGAUUGCUUCCCCGCCCAUCUUCCACCCCAACAUCUCGACGGCCCUCAGCCGCACCCGAUGUCGUAGCCGUCGCCGAGGACCCAGCAAUUCCCCCGACGCCUACGAGGACCAUUGACAAGACUGUAGUGUUGUUUCUGGACGGGGAGCGGGGCGGCGCUGCUGCUGCUGCUGCUGCUCCUGGUCCUGCAGGUGGUCACAAGAGCGAGGACCAAGGUAGCACUACGAGCAGCAGAAUGUUGUCUCCGCUGCAGCUGCUAGCAACAAGUUCUCAGCAAGUAGACCGGCAACAACACGAAGGAGAGGAUGAUCUUCACGAUGGCUCUAAGUCGGAGCCCGCGCAACUACCCUCCCGAACCCGGUCUUCCCUUGCUACCUUUCUUAGCAACUUAGACGACGAACUCCAGAACAGCAGCGGGUAUCCUGUGUAAAAGUAUCGUACUCGUAGUAAUCCUAAUUAUGCAUGACGAGUCUCUUUCUCAAGGUAAAGCAGCAUGAGAAAUUCCUUUUGUCAUGCUUAGCAGAUUUGUAAUGCGGUUACUACUACUAGUACGAUGCUUUUGCAUUUCAUAGCGGGCAAAAUUCUUCUAGCGACAAUAACAUCGUGAAAAGCGAACCAAGCAGUAACACGGGAAGCGACAAACAGUGUCAGAAACACUGCCUCAUGCGACCGCUGACAACAUCAGAGACCGCUGUUGAGGCUGCGCCGAAGGCCGUGGCUAAGGCUACGGCUACGGCUAUGGCUACAGAAGAAAAUGUUGCCGCUGCUUCCGCUGCAGCUGCUGUUGCUUGUUCACCCGUGAGCAACAGGUCAAGCACUUCUUCGUCCUCUGCGGGCUUCGACGAGAUUUCUGGGGAGAGGCGGGUAAAGUAUUUAUCAGAAGAACCGGCACUGAACUUACCGCCGGCGCGGGUUUGCACCACCUACGGCAACAUUCUCGGAUCAUUGUUUCCCACCACCGCAAAUGCGGCUGCGAGAAGCAGCUGUACUUCUAACGACGACCGGCCUACAGGCAGUCGUACAACACCUUUCAGACCCUCGCCGCCCGCUCGGUUUUGCGAGGAUGCGGGCUCCAACUGUUCCUCACAACUCCCAGUCAUCCCUUGGAGAAGGUUUAGUUCUGACGAUACGCACAGCCGCAAUAGUUCGAAGAAUUCGUCUUCUGGCGGCGGGGGUGGAAGCGGCGCACGAACAGUUUACAACCACGAAUCCACAACAACGAGGGGAGGAUCGAAAUCCAGCUCCUCCACCGCUGCGCAAAUGAACUCUUCCGUCUUCAUCGGAUUUCCACCUCCGCCGCCCCGACGGUGCAACAACGGCGGUAGCAGCAGCUCAGGAGCUGCGGGGAGUGCGAGGAGGCCAGUGCGGCCGUGGGGAAACACGAGAACUGCGCAAGAAGACGAAAGUAUCACAUCAGAAAUGUUGACACGACCAGCAGGCCCGACGACCGCUCCUGCAUCCAAUGAAGAUGAGUAUCGCUCGCGAAGCCGAUCCUCACGGGCGGGAGCAGACGCGGCGGCCAGGCGAACGCGAAACACAAGCAGCAGAGGAUCAGGCGGCACGCAGGACAUCAAGAAGGAAUAGCCGGAGUGAAAUCAGCAGGAGGAGAUUUUUGGGAAGUAGCUUUGCAUUACAAGAUUUCUAGCAGGUGAAACUGCGAGAGUGGCGGGAGCUGCUUGUUUCGUUCGAAGGUCGCCUUGGUAGCAUUUUCAAUUAAGGUUAACCUGCAUCCGAAUUUUACUUAUACGUGUUUUAUCAAGGAUUAUUGCUAGAAUUUGACUUCCUCUUCCUCUGUGUCUGGAUCGGUCGAGAGACGACCACCGGCAUGACUAUUUUAGAACAAAUAGAAUCUGUACACUACAUUAAGAUCGUGUCUGCAAAACUUACAUCCGCUUUCUGAACUGCUGCUAGUACAGCACGAACACAAUUCAGUAAAGUUUCUACUUCGGUGAAAACGAAAUACUAGACUUCUUUCAGUUUGACUGGUCUCCCGCAGGGUCAAAAAAUUAUAUCACUUGCUUUUCUUAAAGUGUGUAGAACUGAUCAUUUUCUGGGUAGGUGUCGCUAUGGCUUGGUGAUCUACUACCUGAAUAAAUUUUCCAUUUGUAGUACUGUAUGGAAUAACGAAGUUAUUGGGACAACUACGACAGGAGUCACAGUGUGAAAAUGAAAAGCAAAGAGAACAAAAGGCAGCCAUAACUCGAACUUUUUUGUAUCCUGCCAAAGACAAAGACUUGCAACGCAUCGCCUGCUCUACAGCCAAAUUUUGCAUUGUUUAAUAUCGGAUUUCGCAAUUGGAAAGGCAUUCUCAUAACUGACCCUUACCGCAUGAAAUUUCAGUGCAUAGGAAAAAACUACAGGUAGUCUCGCGCUCGUACAGUAGAGUUCCGGUUUAGAGUAAUUAUAGCCCAUAGCGGCCGCAAUCGCAAAUUACAAUUAGUAUUUCGAAUUUGAGCAAACUGCGAUACAUGGAAACUGGGUUAUUGGGUUCGUAUUUAUCGGCGCAAAGAAAUGGACGCAGCAACAUGAAUGAAAAGUCAAUAUCGUACACUUUGCCUCCUCUCCAAGAGUAGUAACAAAAACUGACUUACAUUUACAAAAGAUGCAGCAGCGACAGGACC